AAAGUUGCGUUUCGUUCGGGCUGUUUUUCCGCCAAACGUUAGUCUGUGUGCGUGAGAAGAGCGCUUUCUGCCGACGUACCCGAUAUCGUGAGCUGUACUAUCGUGCAGGAUAUUUUGUGUUGAACAAGUGUUGAUUCCGUGAAAAGCUACAUUUCGCUUCAAAGGAGACAAGAAGGCGAGUUUGUUUGGUUGGUGCACGAUCGAACGUGGUCGUAAACAAAGUAGGCGAAGCCGAGUGCGUUCCCGUUGGUGUGGCAUCGCUGGGCGGCAAAUGGUGAAUUAGACAACAUUCAGUGGAAGAACAAAACCCCGCUGGACACGUUUCUACUGCAGCCAGUUGUGUGUGCGUUUGAGGUGUGCUCAGUUGUUGUGAUCUCGUUGUUGUCUCUGGACACCGCCGAAAAACAAGAGGUCGUCCGCAGCAAAAAGUGUCUGCUGCACCGUCGGUCGCAGUGGGAACCUAUACCGAUCGUGACCGAUGUUGUAUGUGCCAGCCGAGUAGGCUGUGAAAAAGUGCAACGAAUCGAAAUUGGAAAGCCGCCGCUUAAAAGUUGGCACAGUUUAAUUACAGUUAAUGUCGCAACGCGCCUGAAGAAUCGGUGAAGAAAUACGUGCUGGCUGUAUAAAAUUGUGUGUGCGAGUGAGCUACGAAUCCUUGGCUAAGGACUUUUAAAAAAACAUAAGCCCACGUCGAACACGAGAAGCAAUCGAGAGGCAGUGUAUAGAAUUUUCAUAUUCAGAUUUGAUUUGAUGAACUAACCAGCGGUGGCAGUCACGGCAGCAGGACUGCCCCAACACAGACGCAGUAGCGGCUCGAACAAGGAUCUCGGCUGACGAGUUCCGGAAGUGACUCUACUCUCCACGUUUCGUGAAGCUACCCUGCUUAUCGCGCGGGCGUGUGUGAACAGAACGAUUUUUUAACGACAGCGCACAGCGGCGCACCAUAAAGCGACGAUGUCUUCCCAAAUGGCACAAACUGCGCCGGCGAUCGCGAUCCCUACGUCGUCGCUGAAAUCGGCGCCACUCGCGAUGACAACGGCGAUGCCGACCAUGCCGGCGUCGUCUCCCAUUUCACAUCCGGCGGCAUCGCUUCCGCUGACACAGAACACCAGCUCGCAGCAGCAGCAGCAGCAACAGCAACAACAGACCAGCAGCAGCACCAUCUCGGUGUCGGCGUCGACGGCGAGUAUCUCCUCCGUGCAAACCAACAACUCCUCGUCGGCGAUGCCGGACUCGACGUCGACGAUCGUGAAGGAAGGUUGGCUGUACAAGCGCGGGGAGCACAUCAAGAACUGGCGUUCGCGCUACUUCGUCCUGCGGACGGAUGGCACCCUCGUGGGCUACAAGACGCGCCCAGAUGCGACCUGCCUGACGGAACCGUCGAACAACUUCACCGUGCGCGGCUGCCAGAUCAUGUCGAUCGACCGGCCCCGCCCGUUUACGUUCAUCAUUCGUGGGCUCCAGUGGACGACGGUGAUCGAGCGGAUGUUCCACGUGGACGACGAGGAGGAGCGCAAGGACUGGGUGGACGCCAUUCGGCGGGUGGCGAAUCGGUUGAACGAGGAGGAAGUCUACCAGACGGCACCGCCGCCCAUGCCGUCGGACGAGGACUGCGAGAUGGGUUCGAUCGCCGAGGAUGAGCUGCUGAGUGAAAAGAUUCCAGUGUAUGGAACGGCCACCGAUAAGAUUAGUGGAAAAAUGAAAGUGCAGACGUUGGAAAAUUUCGAGUUCCUCAAGGUGCUCGGCAAGGGCACGUUCGGGAAGGUGAUUUUGUGUCGCGAAAAGAGCAGCGCCAAGCUGUUCGCAAUCAAGAUCCUCAAGAAGGACGUGAUCAUCCAGAAGGACGAGGUGGCGCACACGAUGGCCGAGAAUCGCGUCCUGAAAACAACCAACCACCCGUUCCUCAUAUCACUGAAAUACUCGUUCCAAACCGUCGAUCGGCUCUGCUUCGUGAUGCAGUACGUGAACGGGGGCGAACUGUUUUUCCACCUGAGCCGCGAACGCAUCUUUCCGGAGGAUCGCACCCGCUUUUACGCCGCGGAAAUCAUCUCUGCCCUGGGGUAUCUCCACUCGCACGGUAUCAUCUACCGCGACUUGAAGCUCGAGAACUUGCUGCUUGAUAAGGAUGGCCACAUCAAGAUUGCCGAUUUCGGACUGUGCAAGGAAGACAUCACGUAUGGACGCACGACGAAAACGUUCUGCGGCACACCCGAGUACCUGGCGCCGGAAGUGCUGGAAGACAACGAUUAUGGGCACGCGGUUGACUGGUGGGGCACGGGCGUCGUAAUGUACGAGAUGAUAUGUGGCCGAUUGCCGUUUUACAACCGCGACCAUGACAUCCUCUUCACGCUCAUCCUGAUGGAGGAGGUUAAGUUCCCGCGCCAGAUCAGCGUCAAUGCGCGCAGCUUGCUCAGCGGGCUGCUGGUGAAGAACCCGAAGCAACGGCUCGGUGGAGGGCCGGACGAUGCGAAGGAAAUCAUGGCACACCCAUUUUUCGCCAGCAUCAACUGGACGGAUCUGGUGCACAAACGUAUCACGCCACCGUUUAAGCCGCAGGUAACGAGCGAUACCGAUACGCGUUACUUCGACAAGGAGUUCACUGGCGAGAGCGUCGAGCUGACGCCCUCCGAUAACAACGGACCACUGGGAGCGAUUCAAGAGGAGCCACACUUUUCCGAAUUUAGCUAUCAGGACAUGGCGUCGACGAUGAACACGCCCAGUUACAUGAACCAUUCGUCGAGCAACUAUCCUCCAAUGCAGUGAGCCUCGGGAGAGCCGGACAGAACAUAAAGUGGCCAUCUUGUAUCUCGGUGAGGGUUGUUGCAUGAGAAUGGAAUGAUGAAGAAACAUUGAAGUGAAGCUGCGCCAACACCACACUAUCACAGCUGGAAAAGGGAUCGAGUGAGAGAGCAGAGAAACAACAGCAGAUCACCGUAUAACCGCAAGCAGAUGACCGUUACAUGUUAUCAUCGCGUUCUCCAUAGCCCGAUAUUGCUACGCAAACCACUGAGUGCAGCGAUCACUGUCGAUCGCAAAUGAAACGGCGACCGACCCACAGAUCCUAACCGCGGCGGGCAAGAGAUCUCGAUUGUCAGAGUUUGCCACGAAGGUCCUCGCAUGGGCAUCUGACUGCCUGAACCAUGUACACCGUUAUACGGUCGUAAUAGUAUGCAUAUGUUGCUCUAUGAAGCCUACAGCUAGGUGUGUACGGGCCUGAAGCUGCUUGACAGCAAUCGAGGGCCGCACCAGGCAAUCGGCGGACUGUGCUUAGGAAACAAAAGUUCCACAAUAAUUCUUCCGUGGUGUGGUUGACGACCCUUCGAGGGUCUACAACCGCACCGAUCCUACGGCUAAGCAAACAUUUAUGGUCAUUGAAACUUUCCAUCCAUAACCAACCAUCCCUCAAUCAUCAACACUGAAUCUGACAGACACAGGACACACACAAUAUAUGCAGUAUGUAGAAAUCGACCACCGUGCCAAUAUAUAUAUGUAUACAUUUUUGCCAUAGCCAAACAAGUCAAACCACUGGAUCUCAGUUUUACAAAACCAUAAGUUGUCGUAAUGCAUCCAUGCGACUUAGAGCCCCACACAGCAAUUCCACAUGAACCAGACACUACGGACGUAUCCCCGAUCGACCAGCGUCCAGCAACUAACACACUGUAAAUGCCAAACUACUGCUACUACUCUCUAACAAUAGCGACGAUGUUCUGCCUGCGACGGUGAAGGGAUAUUCUUUUGUGCGUUAAACAGAAGAAAUGAAGUCUAUAAUUUUGCAAUUUUUAGUUUGUAAGGUUAAACGCGUAGUAGUAGGGUUACUACUGGUGUGUGCGGCGGUCGAUUUAAACGGUGGUUAAGAAUGGAAACGCUAAAUGGAAGUAGACGAUAACACCACCACUCCCCACGAUCGCAGUAGUCUUGGUUUUUGAAAGAGACAAAUCAUCGGCGUGAGGGUUAACAGAGGUGAAACUGUCAUAACGACAUGAUACGUGGUGAGGGACACACGAAGAGCGAACAAAGAUUGUAUGGAAGACCGGAGCGUGAAACAAUAUUUCGUAAGUGAAGGAAGCAAGCAAGAAUGUAAGGGGUGCCCUCUUUAGUAGAGUAAGAAAGUAUCCGCGAUUUCGCGUGGGUGCUUGUGCGUAUGUGUGUGAAGCGUUGGACAGUGCAUAAGUAACGCGGAAAGCAACGGACUGUGAUAGAAAGAAAUUUGUCUACAGUAACUGUAAGGUAAAGUAGCCACUAGCAACUAGCCGAGACUACCAAUUGAUAGAUGUAAGUAGUUAUAGUUGAGCCUGCGCUAUCUGAGAUACAAGGCGGUUGAGAAUUAUCAAAUGAACUUUAGAGGCGCGCAGUAACAAACGAUGCUGAUAAACGUACAUUGAAUUCUGAUGCCCAUGGUCGUGGAAAGUUAUUCCAGCCAAAUUCAGUAAACAAAUGAAUUAAGGAACUAAACUUCUUAACCCAGCGUUCCAGCGUAAGAUGUCUGACAUACGACGGAGCCAAUCGUAACGCAACGCAGAAAAAUCCGCGAAACUGGGCAAGAUGGAGGCUAACGCUCUGAACCGGAGAGUGCCCUGUGUGCUGAACAAUGUAUGGAAGUUUAAUACGCAACUCGCUCGCACGGCGCGGUCGAAUGCUUCGUGUAUGGGAAGAGAAAUUGAGAGAAAAAAUUAAGUAUGACAAAAAAUCACUACAAACACAGGGAUUCAGUUGUGCAAACUAAUUUGCAAUCAUUUAUAGUUUGACGCUGCCAAUACUACGGACGGACAGCGCCAUCCAGUAGCUUCCUUUUCGUAUUAUUCGAAUUUCGUUUGAAUUAAUUGUAAGGAGGGACUAACCGUGUGUUUGCCGGAACACGACCUCCGGGGGUGUUCUUUUCUUUUUCUACAGUAGCAUAUAAAAUCCGGCGUAGCGGUGCACUCGCGAGAAAAGUAUCACUGCCUUAGCUAAACAAUAGAAUGAACAGUUGUGUGCAACUUUAGCCACGGAGCAUAGCGUUUACGUACGAGUAUAGUAACUACAAGAGCGUCAGAAGAAUGCCAUCGGAAGGAAAAGCAAAACGUGUGUCUUCAGGUACACCGGUUCACGUAGCAUGGCAAGCAUAUUAGUAAACAACAAACGCGGAUUUCGCGGCCGGCAAAGGCGUCAAGUUUGGGGCGGCUUACCAUUGCAUUGUUGUUGCUAAGGGUACCAUGCCUUCUUGGAUGGCUUUCCUUUUUUGAAGUAAUUUACCUACAUUUGAAUUAUCGAAUAUGAAUUAACCACAGCGAAGCCUUACGAUGACGCACACAAUCAUAUCCAUUUUUUUCGAAUCACUAUUAACUGCGCGUGUAAUUGUCAUACCGGCCUAGGGAGAGAUUGGUGCUUGGGCUGGCUUUGGGUAUUAUUACGGCAACAAGAAACGAUUCAACCAUCUUUUUCAGUACAGACCAGUUGUGUGUACGAGUAACUGUAGAUCGAAAAUGUGUGUGCUUGUGCGCGUCAUGCCGUAGGCAUCCAAAACUUCCUGCCUAGUUCUUAGUUCUUAUCAUUAGGCCUAUCGCGAGUGAACCGCGCAAGUAGGGGGACGAUAAUAUUUUAGUACCUCCCAUAGUCCACAGAUGUACACAGCAGUAGCAUUGAGCACACUAGUUUGCGUUGCAUCCUUGCAAAUCAAUGAUGUAGAUUGACAGGAUCUAGAGCGAGAAGGAGAUUGGGAAAAGAAAACAAAAUCCGGAGAACGGAAGGAUUGCGUAAACCCUCCCGCUCUGCAUUGCCCAGGUCCUGGCGCUGACAGUUCAUAACACACGCAGCUUAAUAAAGGGAUAAGAGAACAUGACACUGAGUUCAUUGAUUCACAUCAUAAUCAACUAUGAUUAACAACUAAUCCCGGUAGUUCCCGGUAGGCUACUGUCUGUCACCAUACUUUCAACGGUAUUAGUAAGCGAUAGAUAAAUUUAAUAUAUAAGAUUGAAGAAAAAAGAAGAAACCA